AUGGAGACAUACGUUCACCUGCAGUCUGCUGUAUUUCAGGAGACAGGGUCAGAGGACUCUUCUGGCUCCUUGGAUGAGUUCCAGAUGGUCCUCAGUGAGCUGGUCGCAGACAAGAGCAUGGACAAGAUCCGGGUGGAGUACGAGAAGCUCAUCCAUGCACUGAAGAAGUCCAGAGAGAAUGAGAAGAGGCUGAUGUCCAAAUGCAGGGAGCUGAAUGCAGAGAUUGUGUCCACUUCAACUAAAGUGGCCGCUGCCCUGAAACUGUCCCAAGAAGAUGAGACAACGAUAACGUCGCUGAAGAGGGAGCUGGAUAAAGCUUGGAAAAUGGUUGAUGCUGCUCAUGAAAAAGAGAAGAAGGACAAAGAGACCAUCAGAGUUUUAAAGGAAGAUAUUUCCAACCUCACAAAAAUGGCUGAACAACAAACGGCCUUGUCCAGGGACCAAGGACAGAGUGAUCUCCUAAAAAUGAAUGAGGAGCUGACAAAGGAGAGGAAUCAGCUGCUGUCCACGGUGGAGGGUCUGAGAGAAAAACUACACAAAGCCAACACAGCCCAGCAGGAGACAGAGGCCCAACGAGAGAGCGCCGCAGAAAACAUCUCUCAGCUCCAGCAGGAGCUCCAGGUACAACACAACGAGAUUUCCCGAGAGAUGAGGCUGAAGGAGAAACUGGACAAGGAGGUAAAGCAGCUCCGUAUCGACAUGGAGGCCAGGAUGGGUGACAUCAAAGCUCUGAAUGUGCAGAGCCAGAAGGCCAAAGAAGAGCAGCAGAGACUUGAGCAGCAGCUAAAGGAGCUAAAGAUCUUGAAUGAGCGAUCCAACAAGGAGCUGGAGCAGAUGCAGGUGAAGAACUCCAAGCUGCAGCAGGAAUGUGAGCAGCUCUCAUCCGCCAAAGAACACCUCGGCCUGGAAAACCAACAGAAUGCAAAUGAGCUGAAGAUGAGAGAAGAGGAGGUGAGUCAGAUGCGUCAGGAGGUUGCCAAACAAAUAAAGAUGAGAGAAGCCAUCCAGAAGAAGUUCCACCAGGUGGAGGAUCAGAAGGCUGACGUGGACGUGCACAGGGAGACACUGAAAGCUCAGAUAACUGCCCUGGAGAAAGAGCUUGAAUCGUCCCAAAAGCAAGUGGAGGCAGACAAGAAAGCUGUGGAUGAGCUGAUCCGAGAGCGAGACAUCCUAAACAAGAACAUGAUCAAAGCUGUGCAGUCGACCGAGAAACAGCAAAACCUGGUGAAGCUCCUUGAGCAGGACAAGAAGACCUUGGAGCAUGAGAUCAGUGGCUACCGUCAGGAGGCCCAGAAGCAGCGCAAGAUCAUCCAGCAGCUGGAGAAAGAGCGUGACCGCUACAUCAACGAGACCAGCAGCCUCCUGCAGAAGGUUCAACAAAAAAUGAAUGAUGUAGAAGUUAGAGAAACUGAGAUAUUUGACUGGAGGAAGAAAGUCACUGAGGCAGAGUGCACGCUUAAACAGCAAGAGAACCUGCUGGAGUCUGUGGUGGCUGAAAGGAACCUCUACAGCAAAAACCUCAUCGAGGCUCAGGAGGAGAUUGCAGAGAAGAAGAGGAAGAUGAAGACCAUGAACAACCAGGUCACCCGACUGAGAGAUGAGAUCAGUGGGAAGGAGCUGGCCCUCGCCAAGGAUCAGCAGGAGCACAAGCGCUUAGAGAAAGAUAACGAGGCCCUCAAGGGGGAGCUGCAAUCACUGAAGCUGCAGCUGGAAGAAACAAAGCAACGCGUUGACAGUCAGAGAGCAGAACAGCAACAGCUGCAGAAGAUAAUAGCUGAUGCAGAUGCUGAGCAGAUGCAACAGAAGAAACAACUGGAACAGGUGAGCAGCGAGCGGGACAACCUGGGCAAACAGCUGCUGCAUCGCAACGAUGAGCGAGCACUGCUGUACGAGAAGAUCAGGAUCCAGCAAUCCAUCUUGAGCAAGGGGGACUUCCACUACAACCAGAGGAUGGAAGACAUCCGCCUGCUCAAGCUGGAGAUCAAGAGGCUCCGACGCAAGAAGAGCAUCCUGGACAAGACUUUGCCCAACACAGAGGACCUGAGGCAGCAGCUGUUCCACCUGCAGAGGCAGCUGCUUAAAGAGAGAGCCAGAAACAGCGUUCUUGAGGAGCAGCUGAAGCCCAUAAACAUCCACAGAUGGAGGCGACUUGAGGGCAGUGACCCCGGCAAAUACGAGCUCAUCCAGAAGAUUCAGGCUCUACAGAAGCGACUCAUCACCAAAACCCAAGAGCUGGAGGAACGUGAGCUCCUCUUACAGGAAAAGGAGAAGCUGUACGUGGAGCUGAAGCACAUUCUGGCCCGGCAGCCUGGUCCAGAGGCAGCUGAGCAGCUCCAGCAGUGCCAGUGGACCAUCAGAGACAGAACCCAAAAGCUCAAGGCGCUGAUAGCAGAGCUGAGGAUGCUUGACUUCAAGAUGAAUGAGUGCAAAAGUGAGAAUCAAAGAUUGUCCAGUGAGCUAGCAAACAUUAAGAAGAAGUACCUCAGUCAGAAAAAGCUCCACAGUGACCAGAGGACCAAGACCAAAGCAGAGCAGCUGGAAACGUUGCCCCAGCUGAGCAGCAAACCUCAGUUCACUGGAGGAGGCUUCAGGAUCGACAACCCUACGAGAAGACAGUGGCCAGUAUAGGAGAAUACUCUGACUGCAUUCAUCAGUUACUUCGUUAAACGAGUUAAAAAUGGCUGCUCUGCCUGCCCUCACCCUGUCAGGAAGGCACCGGCUUCCUGUCAGGCAGUCGUGACCUCUCUAAUAAAAAACGUCCUCAAUGUAGAAGCAUAGCAGUGAUCUAAUUAAUUAAUACUAAGACGCUGCUGCCAGUAUCAUCUGGCCAAUCAGAAGAGCAACAUGCAGGCUGCUGUCGGUCUGUUAAAAUCAUGUCCUCUGAAAUAUUUCUGAUGACUUUAAAUCAUCAGCUCCAAUCACGUUCUCGCG